CACUGAGCACAAACUCAGAGGGGCGGGGAGCAGGAAUCAUCAUUGACUUUUUUGAUUUCCUUGUCGGAUUUCAAACUUAGCGGGGGAACGCAGCGGAAAGCCCUAGGGGCCCAGAAAAGAGCUAGUGCAGUGGGUUGGGAUCCCAGCAGCUUAGGUGGGAACCAGACCCUCCUACCCAAAGUGUCCUGGGCGGGCACGCUCAUCCUCCAAGCUGGUCACCGCGCGCCACCUGCCCUCCACUAUGAGAUGCGAGCUGUAAGCAGCGCAGCAACGCAGGAGCAGCCCCAGCAGGUGCGCAGGACCAUGUCGCCUCUGCUCCGUGGCUGCAGGAGGCUGGGGCCGUUGCCCCAUCUGUGCCCGAGCUUUCCCGUGUGUGUAAACUCAGCCGCUAUUUUCUGCUCUCUCUCCCGCCCGCCCGCAGCGCCAUGGCCUGGCAGUGUGUUUGGUGCUCACUACCAUGUGCACCAGCUUGUUGCUGGUGUACAGCAGCUUUGGCAGUCAGAAGGAGCGGCCCCCGCAGCAGCAGCAACAGCAACAGCAGCAGCAGCAGCAGCAGGCAACCACGACUGGCAGCGCGCAGCCGGCGGAGAGCAGUCCCCAGCCACGUAGAACCUCCCCCGCCGGACCUCGGCAGCUGGAUGGAUACCUUGGCGUAGCAGACCACAAGCCCUUGAAAAUGCAUUGCAAAGACUGCGCCCUGGUGACCAGCUCAGGGCAUCUGUUGCGUAGUCAGCAGGGCCCCCAGAUUGACCGGACAGAGUGUGUUAUCCGCAUGAAUGACGCCCCCACCCGAGGCUAUGGGCUCGAUGUGGGCAACCGCACGAGCCUGCGGGUCAUCGCGCAUUCCAGCAUCCAGAGGAUUCUCCGCAACCGCCAUGACCUGCUCAACGUGAGCCAGGGCACCGUAUUCAUCUUCUGGGGCCCGAGCAGCUACAUGCGGCGGGAUGGCAAGGGCCAGGUGUACAACAACUUGCAGCUGCUCAGCCAGGUGCUGCCACGGCUGAAGGCCUUCAUGAUCACGCGCCACAAGAUGCUGCACUUUGAUGAGCUCUUCAAGCAGGAGACUGGCAAAGACAGGAAGAUCUCCAACACUUGGCUGAGCACUGGCUGGUUCACCAUGACAAUCGCUCUGGAGCUGUGCGACAGGAUCGAUGUUUACGGCAUGGUGCCCCCAGACUUCUGCAGGGACCCCCAGCACCCUUCGGUACCUUAUCAUUACUAUGAGCCUUCUGGACCCGAUGAAUGUACAAUGUACCUCUCUCAUGAGCGAGGACGCAAGGGCAGUCACCACCGUUUUAUUACAGAGAAAAGGGUGUUUAAGAACUGGGCACGGACAUUCAACAUUCACUUUUUUCAACCAGACUGGAAACCAGAAUCGCCUGCUGUGAAUCAUGCUGAAGACAAGCCUGUGUUCUGAGGGCUGACCAUGCCAGAGAGUAAGGCGUGGGGUGUCCAUGCCCUCUGGCUGGUAAGGAAGGACUUGACCGGUAGCCAGGGAAAUGGGAACUGAAAGGUGGCUGAGAGCUGUGGCAGCCUUCAGCACCAUGGACAGAACCCAAAGGCCAGAGAACAUUCCAGAAUGCAUCCAUUCUAAUGAGUACUGUCUCUUUGAAAGAGACACUGAACCCUUGAUUCAGUGACACUGCCGUGGCUAGGAACACUCCAGGUCUCUGGAGCUAUUGCCUUUGAAACAUAAACAGGAGCAGCCCAACACUU